AUGGCACCGGGGGAGCACCGCCUGGCCGCGAACGUGCCGCUGUGGCUGCAGCGGACGAAGCAGGACCCCGAGGUGGCCGAGGCCCACCGCUUGAGUUUCAUUCUGCUGCUGGAUUCGGACGCCCUGGACACCGAAAGCGUGGAGGAGAGCGCGUCGGCUGCGUGCUGCGCUGCGCGGCCCGCUCGUUGCGCAGCCUCCGCGCUGCGGCCACGUUCUUCCACGUCUUGCGAGAGGCCGCCGCUGCCGGGGGCCACGGCACACUGGAGACGUGGAGGAGGCGGAGCGCAGAUUCUUCGAGCCCAGGGCAGGCGUUUGGCCGCAGUGGGGGCCGGGCGCCAUCACGGACGCGCACGCGGGCGACCUGGAGGACUUGUCCGGUGA